GAAAAGUAAUUGUGAAGUUAUAGGGAAAAGAGUAAGACACUCGUUUAGACGUCAUUAUGAAAGUUAGUUGCUAUGAAGGCUUCCCGAGGUUUCCCGAGGGAAACUAAGCAGAAAACAAGUUCGAAUCAGAUUCAGAAUCGAGUAGGCUACUCUCCACCCCGUAUUUGUCACACACAAAACCCCGAGAGAAAAUAGUAAUAUGAAGGACGCAGGCUCAACAGAGAUCAGCAGCAGUAUGACACAGAAUGGUGACAAGACAGAGGACAUUCAGACUGCCAUCACUGUGGAUGGCUCCGAAUCAAUUGCGAAGACUCUUAAAGAAUUGGAUAUUUAUUCAAGUGUUGAGAAGACCAUACACUCGGUGCAGGAGGAGAAGCAAAUGGAGAAAAAGGAGGAGGAACUUCAGUCUGUUCCAGCAAUCAUUGAACUGAAGCCAAGCCCCAAGACAACGUUGGCCAAAUUGGUGCCAUCGUACGAAUCGACGCAGGACAUGUGGUCAAAUCACCGAUGGCCUGUGCGGCAAAGCGUAGCCCAUUCGCUAGUGCACUCCAUCGAGAAGAACAAAGCCGCCACCGAUACGGUGGUGGUGGUGGAUAAUAAGCGAUUCGAGUGCCACCGAAUGCUCUUGGAGGUGAUUAGUAAGUUGUUCCGCGAAAUGGAGCGCACGGAGGAGUACCACAUCUCCAAUCAAGUGAUCAGCGCCCAUGACUUUGGUAUCCUCUAUCGCUGGCCCUUCCAGGGGAAGGUCAAGGACUCCAUCGGGCACUCCUCUUUGCUGAAUAUCCUAAAGGCCGCCCAGUUCUUUGGCUGCGAAUAUCUUGUCACCAAAUGCUGGGAGAUGCUCGAGAUCGUCACAAAGGACAGCUUCACGACCAUGGUGCUCUGCGGUUGCCCUGUCGGCAGCGUCUCACACAAUAGCUCCACCCUCAAUAAGAUUCUGAUGACACGCUUGGGUGAGGGAUUUCUGCAGUUUGUCGCCAGUUCCGAGUUCGUCAACCUCCCGCCGCCGAUAGUGCAAUGUCUGUUUAUGGAUGGUCGUCUGGCGGUUAAUUCCGAAUUGGAGGUUCUGAUGGCGGCCAUCGUUUGGCUAGACUAUAAUUGGCCCCAGCGCGAAAAGUACCUCGGGUUCAUUGUGGAGGGGAUUCGUUUCCAUCAGAUCCCAUUCCAUUUCCUCAUAACCUUUGCAGAGCGAUGGGAUGGUCCACGGGCAUUGCGCGCAGUGGCGCAAUCCGAAGAGUUUAAGAAACUUGAAAGGAAAGCCCUCAUUGAGCUCCAAAAAUCUCCACAGAAAUGUCACGGGCGAACGGGAAAAUCACGCGUUUGGAUAUACGAUCGAAGUGCCGGAUACCACCACAGCCUUACGUGCGAGAAUGAAAUAUUCUGGUCAUACAAUAUGUUUGCGGAUUACCUGAUCUUCCUACAGACUGCGGGAACAUCUCACUGCUCGCAGCUGCUGCCUUGCGAUGAACCCAGCAUCGUCUGCUGUCCGCCCGAAAUACUGGAUUCAUCCGAAUCCGACUCCUAAUUUAGUUUUACUUUUUUGAGCUCUUCCGGCUAGUCCUAUGUAAAUAAAGGUUUAAGUUCCUUGCUACCCCCUUCUGCGGUAUGUGCAGCGAUCUAUAAGAUCAACAUCAGUCACGACCUCCAUGCUCCUCUUCAAGGGUACGACAGACAGUUGAAGCCAAUCUUAAAAGUCAGUAGAGCUUUGUUCCGAGUGAGUUCCAGAAUUCUUAUGGCUUAUGUAUAUAACUCCCCAUACUCAGGCACACACACAUCCUUGGAGUUCUACUCUACCAAUUUAUUGGGUGCUCAAGAAUUACCUAUCAACAAAUUUCAAAAAAAUGUAAUACGAAAUUUCAACAAGCAUUGUCAGUGACCAUUAGAUUAAAAUGUAACAUUGAACCGAAUUACUCAUAAACUUGCAUAUAUGCAAGGAAAAGCAAACCGGGAAAUAAUGUAAGAAAUGUAGCUACUGUACCACAACUUAUAUCUCGGAUCGUUUAUAAUUGGAUCGUUUUACAAGGUUUUGAUUCUGUUUUUCGGGUGUCAAUCGGUUUUUGUUGGAGGAAAGAUUUAGUGCUAUAGCAGUCAGCUUUAGCAGUUUCAUGGCAACCAUUGUAAGGCGUCGUGCAAGACCCAAGGGUUGAAAUAAAACACAAUUAGUUUGUUCUUUUAAAUACUUUAUUAUAAAACUACGCGAAAUUCAAAAUGUUCCUUUUAUACAGAAAAACGAUUCAUACGGGUAUAGUAGUAUACCAAUCAGUUUUAAAAGUUAAUCGUUAGAUUCAAAAAGUGUGUAGAAUAUCCAUGCAUUUGAUUUCUAUGCUUAAUUACAAUAAAUAAGAGUAACGACAUUUAGAAAUUAAAUUGUUUCUUGUUAUAUGCACAUCUCAUGUAUGUAAUAUGUAUGUAUAUGCAUGUAUAUAAUAUUAUGUACUUAUGUUAGUGUGUUGCGUGUGUGUAAGGGUAUUUUGUUUAUAAUUUUAGGUACAUUGGAUACGUCGUUAGGUAUGCUAUGUGGGCUGGGGCAAUGGGCGUGUGGGAUAGUACACAGAAAUUUGAAAAGAUACAUAAAUAUGCAGAAUUUGUUGGGAAAUUAAUGUACAAUUUAGUUCUGUUUGUAAGUAGGGGCUAUAUAAGCAAUAUACAAUUUCAAAAAUUUUAACAACGUUCAUAGAACUUUUUUUUUUCGUUUUUUUCUUAUACUUUUCAACACACAAUAAAUCUUAUACGCCUGCUUUUGAAA